CCAGUGCAAUACUGUCAACUGAAAUCAUUUGCUUCCUUAAAGACCAUAACGUCUAUAAGUGCAUGGUGGAUAUGUAGUAUCUGGUCAAUGUUCUGAAUCCCAGGCUACCAAAUUGUGAAGCACGCGCGUAUUAGAACAGCACUACAUUCGAUUGUUGUCCCAUUUGCACGACUGACUUCUGAGAGGUAGAUAAGUUAGUUGGGAAGUACAAUAUCCACCAUGAAGUUAUUUGGAAACUUGUUCAAUCAAACUACCGCCGGCAAACCAAACAACAACAAUUUCAGUCAUUGUAAGCAAUAUAAGCGCUACGACGCGAGGUAACGUUGCACUAAGUAUCAUCAAUCUAGCUAGCUAGCGAGGUUCUUCUUAAAGCAUCCAUUUUGUCGAAGUGGCUCGGUUGGGUGGGAAUGAGUGAAUAAACACAGAGGAACAGGACAGUUAUUUGGUUCACAGCGAAUUUGACUGAUUCAUUCACUUCCCUUGGAUGUAUCAAAAACAAAAUUAUUCUUCUGUAGAGUUUUAGUUUCCUGUUUGGUGAUGGGGCUUUAGACCUCCUCUUCCUCUCGUGUCCCCAAUGCCAACAAAAACAGGACUCGAAGGAGGCAGUAUAUUAAUGUUCAAUCGUGAUUCAGUGAUCUGGCACAGUUUCCCAACAAAACCGAGCCAUAAUUAUUUCAUCCCCCAAGGAUCAUGGCCAAAGAUGCUGGUCUGAUUGAAGCUAAUGGGGAGUUGAAGGUUUUUAUUGAUCAGAAUCUGAGUCCUGGUAAAGGUGUCCUGUCCUUGGUGACGGUCCAUCCACAGACAAUUCCCAUUGGGAAGCAACUUCUGCCAAAAACACUUGGGCCGUCUAAUGUCAACAUUGCCCCACAUUUGGUGAUUGGCACACCCCAAAGACCCAGUGGCUCCAAUGCCAUUCUGGUGAACAGUCCCCACACGCCGAGCUCACAGUUCCUCACUCAGACCCAGCCGUCCGAAGCCUCGCCCUGGUCCACAGGGAAGCGCAGCAAGAAGGGAGAGAAGAAUGGGAAGGGGCUGAGGCAUUUCUCAAUGAAGGUGUGCGAAAAGGUCCAGAAGAAGGGAGUCACCACCUACAAUGAAGUGGCCGAUGAGCUGGUGGCUGAAUUCAGCUCUACAGACAACCACAUUUCCCCCAAUGACUCACAUGUGUACGAUCAGAAGAACAUCAGACGGCGUGUCUAUGAUGCUCUAAAUGUGUUGAUGGCCAUGAACAUCAUCUCUAAAGAGAAGAAGGAGAUCAAGUGGAUUGGCCUACCCACUAACUCAGCUCAGGAGUGCCAGAACCUCGAGGUGGAGAGACAAAGACGACUUGAAAGAAUCAAGCAGAAACAGUCCCAACUCCAGGAGUUAAUUUUACAGCAAAUAGCCUUCAAGAACCUGGUACAGCGCAACCGUCAGACGGAACAGCAGACCAACCGGCAGCCACCGCACAACUCGGUGAUCCAUCUGCCCUUCAUCAUCGUCAACACCAGCAAGAAGACAGUCAUAGACUGCAGCAUUUCCAAUGACAAGUUUGAGUACCUAUUUAACUUUGACAACAUGUUUGAGAUCCAUGACGACAUUGAGGUGCUGAAGCGCAUGGGCAUGGCCUACGGGUUGGAGGCGGGCAAGUGCUCCCCUGAGGACCUCAAGGUGGCGCGUGGCCUGGUGCCCAAGGCACUGGAGCCCUAUGUUACAGAAAUGGCCCAGGGUCCCAUCAGUAGCGUGUUCAUGACUGGUGCAUCGUCCUCCAAUGGAGGUCGUUAUCAUGUCGGCAGUGACAGUGGAGCAGACGGCACUCAGGCAUCCAGCUCUAAUGACUCUCACUACAGCGGCUCCCGGGUGGAGACCCCCGUGUCAUACAUGGGGGACGACGACGAUGAAGACGACUACGACGAGAAUGACGAUGAUGAUUAACCACACCCAGUCAUCAGUCCUGAGUGCACACCUCUCCAAAAGGCCAUAUUCAAGGGAUGUAUCUCCAUCGCGCUCACUCUACCAUGCUCUAUAUCUCUUCCACUACCCCCACCCCCCCACCUUACUCGACAAGGGCAUUGAAGAGUGUCGACAUGAAGGGCUUAUGCCUAGUUCAUCUUGUUCUCGUUGGAUCCUACAUUUGGGGUCCGUUCCAAAAUCCAGCUAUACCACGCCAGGAUCUCAUACCCCACUGCCUGCUGGGAGUUGUAGUUCUUCAGCAGAUGGGCUCCGCUGUAGUUUUAAGGAUUAAUAACGUCUCCUUGUGAAGCACGCUGUCAGGAUGUUUAGCUACCCUGUUCUGCACCAUGACUCUUGCUCAGCUGAGAAACCUCCAGGUUAAGUUUCCCUUGUCGCAGGCUGCCAACUAGUGGUGGAUAAUGUGUAGAGUGACCUCUGUGUGAAAUAGUUUAUCUCCAGUUUAAGUUUAUUCUAUUCUGAACAAGCAACGUGAUCUGAAUUCAAGAUGGCAGUCACCCUCUCGAGUGAAGGAUUGGAGAAUCUGAUGCGCCAGCUGCCAUUUUGCCCCGUCCGCUGGGCAGAUCUAUGGAUGUGUGGACACUUCGUUUUUUUUUUUUUUUUUUUAAUGCUGAUUCUUAGCAAGAUUUUUAAAUGAAAUUGUUUUCCCCUCUCCCCUGUGUGUUUGGCUCACUGCCGACUUCUGGGCAGCUUUUUUUCCUGGCAUGGGGAUGCUCUGUUGAGCAGAUUUUUUGUUUUGUUUGUUUGUUUGUUUGUUUGUGUCAGAGCUUUAGAGGUGAUCCUUCCCCUCAGACUGCCUGUUAUUCCUUUUUGUGUUUACCAAUGAUAGGGGCGUCGGGGUUGGGGAGUAAAAUAAACUCCAUUACCCACAAGCGUUUAUAGGAAAAACAAAAAAGCUUUUGUUUGUGAAUGAUGUGUUGGGUCUCCUGAAGACUAGUUUGUAGAGUCCUCUUCAGGUUGGUAAUAAAAUCGAAAUGAUGAUGAGGUUGUAUCCAAAAAGUGGGUAAUUAUAGGUCUUUUUUGACUCCCUUUGAACAUAUUUUUUAAACCUGAACAACACAUGUACUGACUCUUCCAAGUAACUUUUUCUGUAAUCUAAUAUAAGUUUGGAAAUUAAAUAUAGAGAAUGUUUUAACAA